AUGUUAGAAAAGAAAAAAUAAUCAAGAAAUAUCGCUAAUAGGUUUACUAAUCAGGUGCUCAAUCACUCACAGAGCUACAAAUAACUAUCGCAAUAUCAAAUACAUACUUAGUAAUCAACUAAAUCCUCUGUAAUAGGGUCUUAGAAAAAUGUCCAGUAACAAACUAGACCUUCUAUGCAGCCAAGUUUAGGUCAAAAUGAGACAAAGUCUAUUCUUAAACAAAAUUCUCAUUCUAAUCUCAAUAACGUGACUUCGUCAACCUACAAUUAAACCAAUACUCCCAGAAACCAAUCACUGUAUAGUCAAAAUUUUGGAUUCAAUCCCCAACUUAAGAAGCAAAAUAAACUGUAUUAGUCAACUGCGAACAAUAACUACAUUUAUUGCAAUUAAAAUGAGCUAUAUUAGGACAUUUAAAGCAAAGAGGAGGGAUAACAGCUAUAGUAUAAAUAUCUGUCUCAAUAAAGUAACUCUAAUAAUAUACCUCUAAAUGAAAGAGCGAAAAAGUUGUUACUCACAUGUCUUAUUUAAAUGGGCAAAAGCUAUGAUAAGAAGACCAAGUUUUUAUCCUAGUUCGAGUACUUCUAGGGAGAUAUGCUUGAAUCUGAGUUGUUCAAUUUUCUUAAGCAAUGCAUUUUACAUUAAUCUUUGAACUAUGAAUUCACAUAGGAGCAACUUAAGACUGAACGUAAAUAUCUUUCUCAUUUUAGAACCAUCAUAUUUGAGUAGCGCUAAUUAAUAGAUAAAAUGAAAAAUACCAAUGUUAUGCUGCUCAGAGAACUUAAAGACUUGAAGCAAGUAUUGAAAGAGUGCCGCACCAAUCUGGAACAGAGCAAUUAGAACUCUGAGAUACUUGAGAAAAUUCAGUUGUUCUAGGGCAUCUCACACGUUGAAAAUGAUUUUGAAUCCUUCCUUAAAGAGGAUGAUAACAUUCAGGCAAGAGUCUUAUUUGAUGAAAAUAAUCCUAAUAGUCAAAAUAUACUUGGCAAUAUUUGCCAUGAAUCAAACGUGAUGUAUGUAAAUAAAGUAUUCGAUACUGGAAGUCUCCAAUGCAAAGACGCCUGUUUUUCAUUUAAUUAGGAAUCGAACAUUCAUUAUCACAAUAGUGAGCAAGCUAGGAGUACCUAGAAUAUGACUCAGCUAAUUUAGCUUCAUCGAAUUAAGAAUUCCAGUCAAUAGUCUAGAUACUUGAAUGAACCACCGUAAAUGAACUACUCCUUUUCUCAAAACUCCUCUUUUGUGGGUGAUAAGACUCAGAGAUAAGAAAUACAUGUAGAAAUAUUGUGUAACCCCAAGAUCAUCAGAAAAACUUAAGUGAAAUAGCCUCAGACCCAAUAUUAGAUCUAAUCCAACAGGCCAGUCAUGGUAAUUUAAGAUGAGGAAGAGUAAACAAGAUUUAUUGCUUAGGGUAGCACUAUUUUAUAAAAUGAAGAAGAUGAUGCCACGAUCCUAAAUGAAUUCGAGGAGAGUCCUGAUAGAUUUGGCCUACUUAGAGCAAGAAGUCUAGAUCAUAAAGAGAUUAGAUCAAGCACUCCACUAAAGAGCAUUAUGAACUUAAACUCGCCUAAGAAUCUGUAUGAAAUUGGAAAGAAGCCUCGGCUCUCCAUAGAAAGCAUUCAAGAACAUAUGGAAUUCCUAGAGAAAUCGCUUGAUAAAAGACUUACUUUGACUGAUAUUACAAGUCCAAUACUAUCUUAGAACAAUAAGCCUAUCUCUUAAAAAGCAAUGAAAUAAUUCGCUUUAGACUUCAAGGAAAACAUCAAUCAUGAUAAAAUAAAUCUAAGACUCAGUAAAUCACCUGGAAAGCAGUUAACUCUCUCGUAAAUACUAUUGGGUUCAAAUUCCUUGCAAAGUUUGACAACGAAGAAUGCUAGUCAACAUUACUAUAACAGCAAAUUAACUUUUAACAAGAGACACUCUCUAAACUAAUUCAAGCCCAAGCCUUAACAGAACUCUACUAUUUCCCAGAUGUAGAUGCUCUCAAGUAGUGGGAAUACUUCUAAUAAGCAGCAAAACUCCCUCAAUAUAAUGACAAUGGAGACCUCUAAAGGAGGGGAUGAUUUAGAUAGAGUUGAUGAAAUUUUACUUGACUAGAAUUUUGUUUCAGUGGGUUCAGGAUAGUCACCAAGAGAUGCGCUGCUCUAAGCAAGGAUGAUUUAGCUUAUCUAGCAAGAAAUCUCAACUCCCUAGUUUGGAAGUCCCAGACAUCACGAAGGCUAAAAUGGUUAGACUGGAUUGAGUAAUCAAAAUAACAUGCUUAAAUUUAAAGGUCUUAGAAGGUGA